AAGUAUAUUCAUCUAUUGAAACACCACCUCAUAACCAUGUCCAAGAUUGUCGAAGUACUCUUUAUGGUGUUGGUUACCAUGGCAAUAACCGUCACACUCACCCUCACCAUCACCUCAUCCAUCGGUGAAAAUGAUGAAAAGGCGUACACUGUAUCACCACAUGUGAAACCCUUUCCUAAUAGGGUCAGUCGUUUUUUAGCUGAAAACAAGAACCCAAGAGCUGCAGACCACUGCAAGAAAGACAAUGAGAUUUGCUACACCUUAGAAGGCGGCAGAAAUUCGACUUGCUGCAACAACAAGUGCAUGGAUUUGAGCGAGGAUAAGCACAACUGCGGAGCGUGCAAGAACAAGUGCAAGUUUACGAGCUCGUGUUGCAGAGGGGAGUGUGUGAACUUGGCUUAUGACAAGAGGCAUUGUGGGUCGUGCGGUAACAAGUGUAUGCCCGGUGGUUACUGCAUUUACGGCCUCUGCAAUUAUGCUUAA